AUGAUGGCCUUUGUCACAGCUACUCCUCAACCUGUGAAUCGAUGGUUUUCCAAUCAUGUUAAUUCACCCGAAUUACCAGUGGAAUUCUCCAAAAAUUGUGAACCGUGCCAACAACCCGGACCGGCUCUCACGACUGGGAUCACCGCUUAUCGUGAUGAACGAUUGUCUACAGAACGAAACAGGGAACAUAUCAUCACUCAAAGUGCCACUCAUUUGAAUUGCUAUGACACGUUUCGUUUACCCAAAGUUACCUUGCAUCCAAUCGCCGGCGCACAUUGUGCCACACCCCAACUCAGCCGAACAUGUUCACAACGUCUGAAUCAACCGAUAGAACCUGUUCAACAUAGAUCAAUGAUUGAAUUAGACCAGAAACGGGUAGCACACUAUCCAACUGUGGACUAUAUACCUACAUUUGAACAUGCUGUUGUUCAAACCCCGACCCCUUUCCGUUGGAUCCGACAUCGAACUAGUUCUUCGGUCGAUGUGACUCACUCACCAGGUCGAACACCCCCUACCUCAGGUUUUAUGCGCUUCACUAUACAGGAUCUAAUGCAGCAGGAGAGUUGUGUCGGCUCGGUGAAUUACUUGGUAGAUCAACCUUCUAAAUUGGUCCGAAUCGAGUGUCGAAAGCCCGGAUGUCGUUGUGUGCUUAAAAAUGAACCUGCCUUGGCUCUGAAAAUCGUAAGCGGAGUGACGCUAGUUCAAGGACAUUGGUUACUUCCAUCCAAAUCGGGCCCGAAAUCGCCGAUGAAUUUGACCAUUCAGACCUCCACUGGGUCGACUACUAAGUCUCGUGGUGUGCUACCUCUGUCGCUUGCGGAAUCUAGAAUGGAUCCAAGUCCUGUGGUUCUCACGUCGUGUUGUCCUUCGUGGUUUGAACUGAUAUCCCGACCCAGUGCCCGAGAAGGAACACAUAUUCAGUGCACGGAAGUUCCCGUUUGGUCCAGUGGUAAAGCAUUAUGGCGUGCCAAACCUCGAUUUUUUCUAUUGCGUAAGCCAGUUCAGUGUCUGGUUGGAGCGGUGAAUCAACCACUCACAAUGAGCGUUGCUGAUGUGUGCAAGCCGGAGACGGCUAACUGCAACCUAGAUGCAUCGAAUGCAGUGACUUUACGUGCGGGGACUGUACUAGAGCUGCUAGAUUGUCGUGCAUGUCGCCUGGUAACAUACGACCAGUCCGGAAGUAAUACUACCGCAUCAGGUCACUUGACUGGAGGUCUACUAAGCCGACAUCGUGGUAAGACGGUGCCUAUGCUGCAAUGUGCUGUUGUUGGUGCUAAAGCAUUAGUUCCAGUGGCUUCAACGGCCACGGAUUUAUCUAUGAAAGAUGGCCUUCAGUGGUUAACUGAUGGACCUCGUCUUGUGUAUUUGUCGCUGGAUUCUAAAUCGAUUUCCUGUAGUCCCGUGGCAGCGCAUGCAACAAAUCAUCCAGAUAUCCGUCAGAAUACUGCGCCUCACAAAAUUCCCCUAAGCUCUCCCACCACUAUGACUGGUGUGCAUAGUCUCUUUUCCCUUUUGAACAGUUCUCAGUUGCCGGGGCUUGUUCGACCUUUGACCGGUUUACGCCCGAAUGAAUGGUUCCCUCUGGAGAAAGUCGAUCGUCGUUUCGCACCACCGUGGGAAUUUGCUUCGUUAGGGGAGACACCAUUGCUUCUGUUGGAACAUUGCUAUCAUGGUGAUUUGAUUUUUCUCGAACCGUUAUCGGACUGCACGGAUCCGAUGCAUCAGGAUUCCCAUACUGUGCUCACACAGUCUCGCCCUCCAGGCCCCAGUCGAUUCUUUGUUGUCACCACAGAUAUGCUGGCCCAACACAAUUUCUUCUUGGCCGAUGCAGCCACCAGUGUGCAGUACACGAAACCGUUGGAAUUGCAUGCAUGUCGUGUAGCUCAUUUUCUCGCCGCGUGUCAUCCUGCUCAGGGUUUGGCUUAUCUGAUCAAACAUCUAGAAGACAUAUCAAGCUCUUUGGACACGGGCCCAUCUCACGUGCCCUUAACCCGUACUCUGGGACCCGUGAAUAGUUCUGUAAAAUAUGCUCCGAUUCAGGCCGCACUGAUGAGUGUUGCCGCGUCAGCUGCAUUGGCCACGGAAGAUUCGGAUGAUCUCUCCAUCUGGCAGAAUAAUCCAACACGGGAUUGUGGAAGUCAGUCCGAGUUAAAUGGAAAUUUAGUAUUUCCUUGGGGAGCAUCUUCUCUCAGCUCUAUUGAUCGUUACCAAUCGUCCGGUUGUUUGAUUGGUUCAAAAUCUCGUGCCCAUUCAAGUUUAUCCUCUUCACUUAUUGCCAGUGAGACUGAUCAAAUGAACGCGCUCUGUGAUGAGAUCGAAGAUAUCUAUUUUUACGUUCGGAAUGGUCGUUUCCCGGCCCAGUCCAGAUCGAUGACCUCUCUUGUACAUCAUGUGACACCGGUGAAUCGAAGUCACCGGCCAAUCCCCCAAACUUCCGCACCGAUAUCACCACAAGCAGAUGAGCUGUUUCCCAAUGGAUCAUCACAUCGUCAGCGAACACCGCAUAAGCGUGGCUCAUCUCGGGGGAGACAUGCAUCGGUUGAAACAUCGGGAGCGGGAAAACUAAUGAGCUACCAUCAACAACAACAACAACAACAACUACAUCAGCAAUCUCAAUUGAAUCAACCGAUGACCAACUUCGUCAAGCGUCCCGAAAAAUCUCAGCAAAUUUAUAUGCCCAGAUCAUUGGCAGAUUUACAAAAAGUCCCCAUCCUUACCACAAUUCCAGAUCCGACAUUGGACAUGGGAACUCUCAUGUCACCAAAAGCGCGUGUGAAUCAAUCGUCUACUGUGCAAAACUCUAAUCCCGAGACGAGAGAUAACUCCCCAAAAGACCAUGUGGUUCGUUUAUUCCAAAGCCCUGCACAUGAUUCCGGAGUAGAUAUAGCCGUGCAUCGGUCAUUGGGCAGCGGAGAUCGUUCGACUGGUCAGUCUCCACAUCCUUGCAAAGUUUACACCAAUACACGUAUUUUAACAAUGUCUAGCAUGGGCAACGGUCCUAAUGUUGACUAUCGAACAGCAAUGAGUCAGUCCCAGAUCACCUCGUCUCAGCCUAUUCUUGGCGGAGAUUUGCUGUCUUCCCGGGAUCGAAAGCGGUCAACCGACUCCGCGUCCGCGUUUCGACUCCCGAUUCCGCGUGGUACGCCGGGCGGUGUAGAACAUGGAACAGAGUCCGGUUACACGCAAGCACCUAUGAUGGAAUCAGUGUAUUCGAGGCCGUAUAAAUCAGGUGUUUUAAAGGAUCCGAAUCAUGUGCAUUACCCCAUUACAUCAGAGAGCGCACGAGUAUACACCGGAUCUACAUUUGACCGUAACAGUUAUUACUCGACUGUAGUCCGAGUUCCCGAAGAACAACAACAACAAAUGGCUAAAAGUCCGCUACGACACCAACAUCCCACUCCAAUCGGUGUCCUGUGCAUCUGCAAAUUCACCNUGUGCCAACCCACCGCUCAUUGCCAUCCCCCUCGUGUGCCUUCGACGCCCUCGUCCACGCAUCGAGCACCGGAUCCCAGUCCCGUUUAUCAACCCGAGGCUAUGUGGUCCGAUCUACGCAUUGCACCUGUAACACGUUUUCAUCCGCAACCGGUUUUCAUGAUGCUAAAUCCCGCCGAAUCCAUUGAGGAUGAAGAACAAGCCGCAUUGGGUUGGGGAGCUACAGUGGAUCCGAAUUCGGGCUACACGACAACUCAAUUGUCCACACCAAUAGUAUCCACUGUGACCACGACCGCUUAUGUGAUUGCCCCCACGAGCACAGUCAGUCGACAGACGAAACACCGAACGGAACUGACCAACUCUUCACCGGAUACGGGAAUCGGGGGAGAGAGCGGAGUGGAAAUUCCCUGUACAGUUCUCUCUCAUCCAUGCGGUACAAAUAUUUCAUGGCCAACCCCACCAAUUCACAUAGAUGUUUCGGACCGGAUGGGGCGUGGAAAUGUGAACUACUCAGGUCACGUGGCCUCGACCACGACAAUACCGGGUAGGUCAAAACAGAUCUAUCAGAUCUGA